AUGACCAGGAUGUUUUUUUGGUUGUUCGGUUUUUUUUUUUUCUUGUCUUUCCUUUUUCUUCUUUAUUGGCAAAACUUACUACUCUUUCUUUGCCCAACUACCACGACUACUUAUUAUUUAUUCUUUUUCUUUUGCUCUAACCAACCUAUUUCAGUCCAAUACUUUGUUUACAAAUUAUAUUGGUGGGUUUUAAUAUUGAUACAGAUGUUAGAAUUACCAGCCUCGUUUAUAAUGAGCUUUGCCUGGAAUUUUGAAGCAGUAAAAGAAAUUGUUUUUAUAGUGGCAAAAGCACCUAAAGUCUUAGAAAUUAAAACACCAAAAAAAAAAAAAGAUCUCGGCUAUGCCAACCAAAACGAAUGA